AUGUCCGCAUCGGCUUCGGGCUCGGACGCCAGGGCAAACGGCUCAGCAAAGUCCCGCGAACACAAUCAAGGCAACCAAGACAGAAAGUACACACCUCAGCAAAAGGCUGAGGUGAUUCGAAUACGAAAAUGCAGCCCGACGGCUUUCUACGAGAUCCUUGCGAUCGAGAAGACGGCGAGCGAUGGAGAAAUAAAAAAAGCAUACAGAAAAUUAAGUCUCUUGACACAUCCUGAUAAGAACGGACAUGAGGGCGCCGAUGAGGCAUUCAAGAUGGUGUCACGGGCGUUCCAGGUAUUAUCAGAUGCGGACAAGAAGUCGAGAUAUGAUCAGUUCGGCGGCGAUCCAGACAAUCGCUUCUCGAGUAGCAGUGCGGCCGCCGGAGCUAGUCCCUUCAGCGGUUUUGCGAGAUCGCCUGGCCGCGGCCCUUCAUAUGAGGACGAGAUAUCUCCAGAAGAAUUGUUCAACAGGUUCUUUGGGGGAGGUAUGGGCCAGGGCUUUAAUUUCGGUGGCGGCGGUUUCGGUGGCCCUCAGUUUAUGUUUAACAUGGGAGGAGGCCCCGGGUUUACAGUCCAUCGCAUGGGAGGUGCAACACCAAGACGAAGGCCGAGAGACGCAAGCGCAGAGACUCCUUCCGGCGGGUUGUCUGCCCUGCUUCAACUUUUGCCGCUAUUGCUGCUUUUUAUUCUACCAUUACUUUCCUCAUUGUUCUCCGGCUCAGCCAGCCCCGGGCCUCAGAUUCGCUACGACGCUCCUGUCCCACCACAUACCAUGCAUCGUGUUACACCCAGGUACAAGGUCGACUAUUUCGUCAACCCUGCGGAAGUCCAAGCGCUGACAUCGAGGCAACUUAAUUCCCUGGACCAAAAGGCGGAGGUAGACUAUGUGUCAAGUCUGAAGUACCAGUGUGACAACGAAGUGCAUCGGCAACGACAAGAGAUCAAUGAUGCCACAGGUUUCUUCUUUACGGACGAAGAUCGACUGAGGAGGGCGAGGAAUAUGCCUAUGCCUGGGUGCCGAAGACUGGAUGAGAUGAAGAUCAGCCGGCGGCCAUGA